AUGCUUUUCUUCAGCUUCUUCAAAACCCUCACCAACCAGACCGUCACGAUCGAGCUCAAAAAUGACAUCCGUAUCCGCGGGACGUUAAAGUCCGUUGACCAAUACCUCAACAUCAAGCUGGACGAUGUCGACGUCCUCGACCUGGACAAAUAUCCUCACCUGUCGUCGGUCAAGAACAUGUUUAUCCGUGGCAGUGUGGUGCGCUACGUGAUGCUGCCCCGGUCGGAAGUGGACAUUGGCCUGUUGGAGGACGCCACAAGGAGAGAUUUGAGCGACAUUGCCCAGGGGUGUGAUGUCUUGCGCCUCUUCAAAUGGAAUGGAGUCUCCCAGAGACUGGUCGGCUGGUUCUCCAACACCUCGCCCAUCGACCCGUUCGUCACUCGACAAAAUCACAUGGCUGGAUUCUCUCAGAAAAAGACGUCUACACCGGCAAGGGCUCGCCCGGGAAACAAAGCCCAAGGAUCCGCGAAACGAAACGGCAGCCUUCUGAAUUUCUUCCAAAAGAGCGAUGGUCCCCCGCAGGCCACCUCGCGGCAGCCCCGAAUCACCCAGUUCGUGACCAAGUCCGACCGGUCCCCGGGGAGUGGAAGCAGCUCGCCCUAUUUCCGGAAACAAAGCAGUUCGGCGGCCAGCAACUCGGCGGGUGGGCUGUUCUUGGAUGAUCCGCGUGGCGCGAGAACCACGUCCGCCCAGGGGACGACCCGAGAGCGAUCGCUGACGCCGGAGGAUUUUUGGGGGGAGGGUGAAGAUGAGAAAGAUGAGAAGGCGAAGGAGGAAGAGGAUGCGAGGUACAAUGAGAAUGGGUCGUCGGUGAAGCGGCGGAAGGUAGAUUCGCCGGGUGCUGAGCCGCGAUCGAACGGCGAUACCCCUGUCCCUGUGAAGCCGCGGACUGUGAGCGGACCAUUUAUCGACGAGUCGGAUAGUGAGGAUGAGGUCCCGGGGUUUGAGGAGGCGAACAAUAUGGAGCCGCUGCCGAACACGCGCACCGUGACGGAAGAAUCAGCCAUGCGCCAGGACCGCCCGAAUGACGCUACACGACCGUCCGAUGUCGCCGUUCCACCACUGGUAAGAGAAGCCACGAGCCACUGCCAUUUCGAAGAUGAUGAAUAUCCGAAUUUUGACGAUAUAGAAGAGGAUGAGUUCGCCGGAGAAAGGGACUUUUUAGAGCCGUGUGAGGGCAGGCCCGAGGAUGCAAUUUUUGAAUUAGACGACUCGACUGAAGAUUUGGGGAUUGAGGGAAGUCCUGUGGAACCAGGAGGCGAAAGUAUACUGUGCCCGGUGUGCGAAACCGAACUGAGCGGAUUAAGUGAAGCUAACGCAUCGAUGCAUGUUAACGACUGUCUCGAUGGAAAAACGAGGACGGUUUCUACGGAUGCAGGGGAGACUGUAGAACCACCGGCUACAGCGCGAGACCGGGCUGCAGUCCCUCGAGCCGCGCAGAAAGACCCUUACUCUUCUGCGUCGACGAAGCCAAAUUCUGCCUUCUCCCGGUUGAUGGCUGGGAAUGCCGAAGACACGGCGUGGGCGGAAGCGGCAGCAAAUGAGGUCGCCUCGCGAGGGAAGCAGGCCUACCAACGAACGUGUCCGUUCUACAAGAUUAUCACGGGAUUUUCCAUCUGCGUGGACGCAUUUCGCUACGGUGCGGUGGAUGGAUGUAGUGCUUAUUUCCUGAGUCAUUUCCACAGUGACCAUUACGUUGGUCUGACAUCGUCCUGGAAGCACGGACCAAUCUACUGCAGUCGAGCGACCGCCAAUUUGGUACGGCAGCAGCUCAAGGUGGACGCACGUUGGCUUGUUGGGCUCGAGUUCGAACGGACAACCGAAGUCCCGGGAACUGGCGGUGUGCAGGUGACUCUCAUCGACGCCAAUCAUUGUCCCGGGAGCGCGCUGUUUCUGUUCGAGAAACCUACAGGGCCCAACCCCGGCAGUAGAUUGCAGCGGGUGCUUCAUUGUGGUGACUUUCGAGCAUCUCCGACGCAUAUCCAACACCAUCUCCUGCGCCCGGAGAUUGUUGAUUCGACGACAGGACAGAAGCGACCACAGCGGAUCGAUGUCUGCUACCUCGACACCACGUAUUUAAACCCUAAAUACGGGUUUCCGAGCCAGGAUGCCGUCAUCCAGGCAUGUGCGGAGCUGAGCGUCCGUUUGGACAAAGGGCCAGAGGACGGGGCCAUGUCGUGGCUGACACGAGGGGUAAACGGGAUGAUGGGGAAGUUUUUGUCCUCGGGCAAGUCGACGGACGGGUCAUCUCGCCCGAAGGGACGACUUUUGGUGGUGGUUGGGACGUACAGUAUCGGCAAGGAGCGGAUCUGCCUGGGGAUCGCACGCGCACUGAAGAGCAAGAUCUACGCAACGGCUGCGAAACAGCGCGUAUGCGCCUGUUUGGAGGACGAGGAGCUGUCCUCCUUGCUGACCGACAACCCGCGGGACGCACAGGUGCAUAUGCAGACGUUGUUUGAAAUCCGUGCAGAGACGCUGACCGACUACCUGGAUUCGCUAAAGCCGCACUUCACGCGAGUGGUGGGAUUCCGUCCCACCGGAUGGUCCUAUCGCCCGCCAAAGGGGCGAGAGCUUGAGAAUCCCCCGGUGUCGACGGUGCUGCACUCGGCCCAGUGGCAGACGCCCUUCACGGUGGAGGACCUGCUGCCUCAGCGGGGGAGUACCAGCGAGAGCGCGUGUUUCGGGGUGCCGUACAGCGAACACAGCUCGUUCCGGGAGCUGACCAUGUUCUGCUGUGCGCUGCGGAUUGGACGGGUGAUUCCCACGGUGAACGUGGGCAGCCGGAAGAGUCGGGAACGAAUGAAGGCCUGGAUAGACCGGUGGGAGGCCGAGAAGAGGAAGAGUGGACUGUACCGGGGAGCGGGAUGGGGGUGA